UGGGUGCCAAGGAAUUAGGCUAGUCCUUACAGAAGUAAGACUACUUUUUAGCUGCCCUAUGACGGGACAAUGUUUUAUGAACUAUAGGCUUCAAGCACUGUUCCUUUUGCAGAAUAAAAUUCCUCACGGCUCGUUGGCACUGUAUUCUAACCCCAUAUUACUGUGUAGGAUACAACGUGAGUUAAGCCUUCAUCGAUCUGGCUCGAUGGACAUUCAGAUAACCGUUUCUAAAAUGUCGUAUAUUAAAUACAAUACGUAACUUUCGAGUCAGCCUGUCCGUGCUUUUAGUGCAAUUGGUGAGAACAGAAGGGCGACAACACAAGUUUAAUCGUCUCAAGAUUUCUCGUAGCCUACAAAUUUGCCGUGAAUGAACCCUCCUCGUCGUCCCCAAAGCCCCUGUAGUGGUCGGUGGGUGAACCCGCAAGGUGUGGGGGCGGGGUUCUCGUUGACAGGGAGGAGGGAGUCGUGGGGGAGGCGGAGUCACGGCAGUUCUACCAGCGCCGCCAUUUUUGCAAAGGGAAAAGAGACAGGGGUAGAGGGAUCUAGUUUCCUACAGUCAGCGUAGGUAGGGCAGUAUUAAAACAGUUUUAACUGAAUUAAAACUGUAUAAUAGGUCGUGAUCACAGCUGUAAGGACAGACGAAAGAGUACAGAAGGUUUUACAAACGGAGUGUUGCAAGAGUCAACAUUUUAUAACCACUGUUACAGAUCCGCAGUGGAGACCGAAGUAUUGUUUUGGUUGUGUGGAGUCACGGGCGGCGGGGGUCUCACCCGGGUCCCCUGUUUCUUCAUUCAAAGCAGCUAUAGUGGACAUUAACGAGACAUGGGGAGGUGAGCCGCCACUCCUGCCCAGGCUUGGGUGGGGACGGAAGCGGAGAGGGAGAGAGGGGAGAGAGAACGAGAGCGGCAGGUGGCACAGAACCUGGGUGUCUCAGGCCUCGUGGAUGCACUUAGAUGUCUGCAAUGAGUGCUGUGGCUGGCAUGCCUCAGUGUAUUGGAUUCCUCUGCUCUGGACUCAGUAGGACAAGGAUUUCUCAGCAGAGAACGUCAUGAGCAUAGUCGUCCCUGCAGGGGUGGACACGGCAGACACCUCGUACCUGAACAUGGCUGCAGGCUCAGAACCGGAGUCAGUAGAGGCCAGUCCUGUGGUGGUGGAGAAGUCCAACUACCCGCACCAGAUCUACAGCAGCAGCUCCCACCACUCACACAGCUACAUCGGCCUGCCGUACGCCGACCACAACUAUGGGGCGCGUCCCCCGCCCACGCCCCCCGCCUCGCCCCCUCCGGCGGUGCUGAUCCGCCCGGGCGACGGACUCCUGCUGGGGGCACAGGACGAGGCGUCGCGCGGCACCACGCUCAGCACCUCCGAGGACGGCAGCUACGGGGCCGACAUCACCCGGUGCAUCUGCGGCUUCACGCACGACGACGGCUACAUGAUCUGCUGCGACAAGUGCAGUGUGUGGCAGCACAUUGACUGCAUGGGCAUCGACCGGCAGCACAUCCCAGAGACGUACCUGUCGCGGCGCUGCCAGCACAUUGACUGGACAUCGACCGCAGCACAUCCCAGACGGCAAGGAGGUGCGAACAUGUCAGAUGGGGACACCAGCGCCACGGAGAGCGGAGACGAGGUCCCGCUGGAGUUAUACUCGGCCUUCCAGCACACGCCCACCAGCCUGACGCUCACCACCAGUCGCCUGGGCAACAAGCAGGUCGAGAAGAAGCGCAAGAGGAGUGGCGACAAGGAGCCGCCCGCCACGGCUCGCGCUAAAAAGGCCUUCCGGGAGGGUUCACGGAAGUCUUCCCGAGUAAAGGGUUCGGCCCCUGACGUGGACCCGACUGAGUCUCCGUCGCUGUGGGAGAGCAAGAUGAAGGUGUGGAUGGAGCGUUACGAGGAGGCCAGCAGCAACCAGUACAGCGAGGACGUGCAGACGCUGCUGCGCAUCAAGGAGGCCAGCCACGUCAAGACACUCGCCUACAACACACACACCGCCAGCUUCAAGCCUCCCGUGGAGAGCCAGGUGCAGAAGAACAAGCGCAUUCUGAAGGCUGUGCGGGACCUGGUGCCAGAUUCACUCAUCAUUGAGUACAGGGGCAAGUUCAUGCUGCGCCAGCAGUUUGAAGCCAACGGUUACUUCUUUAAGAGGCCGUACCCAUUUGUAUUGUUCUACUCCAAGUUUGAUGGCCUGGAGAUGUGUGUGGACGCACGCAACUUUGGCAACGAUGCACGAUUCAUACGCCGCUCCUGCACCCCCAACGCUGAGGUGCGUCACGUUAUCGAGGACGGCAUGCUGCAUUUGUACAUCUACUCACUGAGGCACAUCAGUAAAGGCAGUGAGAUCACCAUAGGAUUCGACUAUGACUAUGGCAGCUGUAAAUACAAGGUGGACUGUGCGUGUGUGAAGAACCACGAGUGUCCGGUCCUCAAGCACAACCUGGAGCCCACGGAGAACCUGGGCGGCGGGGCGGACUCACGGCGCCGGCGUGGCGGACGCAAGGACAAGGAGCCGUUGGUCCGCGAGCGCGAAGACAGUGGUCAGAACCAGAACCUGAUGCUGGACGGCGAGGCCGGAGCCAAGGCCAAGAACCUGGGCGACCCCAAGCAGAGGAAGCUCUCGCCACUGCGCCUGUCCAUCUCCAACAACCAGGAUCCCGAGUUAAUUGAGGAUUUAGAAGAGAAAACCUCCGUUAGCAAUGAAGUAGAGAUGGAAUCUGAGGAGCAGAUUGCUGAAAGGAGGAAGAAGAUGAAAGCGGCGAGCAGGCCCUGGAGCCGCAGAAGCGGCACCAAGGGCACCAAGACGGAGCCGGGCACACGCAGCGACAUCAAGGAGGAGCCGCCUGAAACACCCGAGGCUGAGUCCCCCUCCAUGCUACAGCCCCUGUGCGAGAGCGUGAAGGAGGAGCCAAUCAUGAAGCCUGUGACCGUCGGGGCAACGGCAGCCAAGGUCAGCCGCAACAAGCAGCGCAAGUCCUUCUCGCGCGGGCGCACCCACAUCGGGCAGCAGCGUCGCCGCGCCCGCACCAUCAGCACCUGCUCGGACCUGCAGCCCGGCUCGCCCGCCGACCCCCUGGAGCCACUGGCCGCCGACGCCAGCGACGCCCCCGAUGGCUCCGGUGCCAGCACUGCGAGCGCUGCCAUCUCGGAGCCCGACGGCGCCGCUCUGCCCCAGCGCACGCCCGACGCCAGCCCGCCCCACAGCGGCUCACCCGCCCCGACGCCGCGCCACGGCAACAAGUAUCCCAAAACAAAAAAGCAGCACUUAGUGAGUGAGUGGAUGGGGUGCGAAGCAGGGAGCGUCGGCGCCCCGCGCCCUCCCCGCCCGCCCGCUGACCGCCCGCUGCGCAUCAGCAGCGACCCCGAGGUGCUGGCCACGCAGCUCAACUCGCUGCCGGGCCUGGCACUCAGCCCGCACGUCUACACCACGCCCAAGCACUACGUGCGCUUCUCCGCCCGGCCUUCCUCCCACCGAGCCCCAUCCCCCCAGGGAAGCUGCCCACUGGCCCGGCGGCUCGCCGCUGAGCUGCCGAGGCGCCCCACCACCGGCUCCUGCAAGAAGCGCUGGCUGAAGCAGGCGCUAGAGGAGGAGGGUUCGACCAGCCCGGCCAGCCAGUCGGCCCUCAUGAUGUCCGGCGAGGGCCCCCUCAGCCCCCCGCUCAACGGAGACUCCGACAGCCCGCUCCCCUUCAACGGCAGCUGCACCCUACCAGAGUUGCCCACCCCUCUUAAGAAACGGCGCUUGUGUCCGCUGGACGCCUGCAUGUCGGAGAGCUCCACCCCUUACGGCUCUCCUUGUGCCACGCCCACCCGGGUGGACCUGCUGGAGAUGCCGGGCACGCCCCUUCUCCUGGCCACGCCUCCUCACAGCAGCGCUGCACCCCGGCAAUGCCUGGCGAACUGGCACACACACACCCGCGGGGCGACACACCCCUUCAACCUGCCACAGGAGAAUGAGGGGUCGCAGGACAGCUCCCCUGAGGGCAGCCGGAGAUCCAGUACUCAAGAGGUUGAACGUGCCCCAUCGCUGCUCUCGUCUCCAACGGUGCGUCCCACCGUCCUCCCUGACGCCGCCGUCGCUACCCUGGACCUGAAGCCCUCUGGUGCCCAGAGCCCCUCUCCAGAGUCCCAGGACCCGGCGGCAGCAGCAGCAGCGCCGUCCACCGACGAGGGAGCGGAGGCGUCCGCCGACGGCGGCAGCAGCAGCAGCAGCAGCAGCGAGGCCCUCCAGCUGUCGGACACCCCGACCUCGGCCUCGGCGUACCCGCCCUGGAUGAAGAGCCCCGAGCGCGGCGGCGGCGGUGGAGGAGGAGGAGCUGGGGCCAGUGGUGGCCUCUCCUUCUCGCCCAUCAACUCCAACCUGCGCGACCUGACGCCCUCCCACACGCUGGAGAUGUGCGCCUUCAGGCCCGACGCCUCGGGGCCAGGAGCCGUGCCUGUGCCUGUGACCGUUCCCGUGCCGGUGCCCAUGCCAGGGCCCAACGCCGCCGCCACGGUGGUCACUGCUGUUGCAGUGCCCGCAGCCUUCAGCGAGGCAGCGCCCUUCUACCCCUGCGGCGAGGAGGGCGGGCAGCUGGGCUUUAGCCGCUCGCUCAGCGCAGACAGCAGUGGGGAGGGAGGGGGCAGCGCCCAGAACCCCCCACCCAAGAAAAAGGUGUCUUUGCUGGAGUACAGGAAGAGGCAGCGCGAGGCACGGCGCAGCGGCGGCUCCAAGGCCGAGUGCAGCUCCCCGGUGUCCACGGCGCCACCUGUGGAAAUGUUUUCCACCUUCGCUAUGGAGACUGCCCCUGAGCAGCCGCCACCACCUCCGCCACAGCAGCAGCAGCAGCAGCAACCACUGCAGCAGCAACAGCAGCCGACUCCGGUGGUCACACCCACCCAGCCCAGCGAGGAGGGAGGCGACGCCCCAGCCCAGGGGGAGAGAGAGGGCGGAGAAGGACAGUGGACGUCAUCUACAUCAGUGGAACAGGCCAGAGAGCGCUGCUACCACAGAGCCCUGUUGCUAAGUGACCAUCGCAAGGACAAGGAUGCUGAUGGCGCAGAGGCAGAGAGUGGUGAAGGAGCACCUGUGAGGGACUGUCCCUCUCCCAAGAGCUGCAAGAGUCCCUCUACACACCCGCCGUGUUCCCCUGGGCCCAGCGCUCGUCCACUUAAGGAGGAGGAGUCCGACACCCCGUCCCGGUCCGCUCCCCAGCAGGCCAGUGGCUCCAAGACGGCCGCGUCGAAGCCGGCGCCGCUCACCCCGAGCAGGAUGCUCCCGUCGCCGGCCCCCCAGGUCCACUACGCGGGACCCCCCUCGUCGCUCCUGCACUCCCCGAAGACGCUACCGCAGGCCCAGGGCUCCCCCUACCGCGGCCAGCGCUCCUUCCACGCGGCCCCGCCACCCGGCCAAGCCCAGGCCCCGGCUCCGAAUGUGGGGCCCGCGGGUGCGGCGGCCGCCGCAGUAGCCUUCGCCCAGUACAGCGGCCCCCAGAGCGUGCCGCCGCCUCCCCCACCACCUCCUCCUCCGGCGCCCCCGGCCUCGGCGGCCUACUUCCCGGUCCAGAGCGCCCCGGCGGUAGCAGCGUCCUUCCAGGCCUUCCAGCCCGGGGUGGCGGUGGUGGCGCCGCCUCCCCCUCCGCCGUUUGCGCCGCCGCCGGGCUCGCAGCCGCUGCUGCAGUCGCACCACUGCACGCUGCACCAGGCGGCGGCCGCCGCUGCGCCGCCCCCUCCCCCGCCCCCACCCCCGCACCCCCAGCAGCCCGGGCCCGCCCUCCUGCACGUCAACAUGCAGCCGCCGCCGACGUCGAUCCAGCAGCACCAGGUGCAGCUGCUCAGCUCCGCGCCGCCACCCCCUCCGCCGCCCCCACAGGGCCAAGCCGGCCAGCCCCAGCCCGUGCAAGCCGGCCUGCUGGCCCUCAAACAGCAGCAGCAGCAGCAGCAGCAGCAGCAAGGGCCGCCCCCUCCUCCGCCCCCACCUCACCCCCCUGCCCCGUCGUCGGCAGCGCCCCCUGUCCACCCGUACCAGACGCUCGGCGGCUUCCAGGCCCCGCUCCUGCAGCACCCGGCGGCACCCAGCAACCCCCUCCUGUGGGUCUCCGCCUCUACCCACCAGCAGACUGUGCUCCCCCCACCGCCGCCUCCGCCGCCCCCCUCUCAGACUGCGCAGGCUGCCCCCCAGAUCAGCGGAGCAGCGCGGGGAGCACCGGCGCCAGGGGCGCCCCCCUUCCACAGCACCGGGUACAUGGGCACAGGGUGGCACUGACUGCAUCACAGACGAGGCCCCCCCACCCCCUCAACUCGACUCGCUCCCUCACCCAGCCCCUAACCAAUGUCCUUCUCUAACCAGCCUAUAGACUCACAAAGAGAGAGGGAGAGAGAGAGAGUAAGAAAGAAAGAGAGCGAGACGGGCUGUCACACUUGUGUACCAUAGCGCCCGUGCACCUUGCCCCUACCCCCUUCUGUAAAUAUUUUCUAAUGUUCCUGACCACGACAGCCGACAGAAAAACAUCCGCGGAGAGAACGAGGAGGUCAGGAGGAGGAGAAACGGUGAAAAAGGAUACCCUGACUAAACAAAGAAGAAAACAAAACACACAGACAUACACAUGCGCGCACACACACAGUAUACAUGGACAGUAACUAAGACAAAAAAAAACUGUUGAAGCAAUCUCCAGAGACUUAAAUGAGGUGUAAUAUGAAGGUGGACGAUUUAACUCCCCACCCCCCCUUCCCCCUCCCCGAUGCUAUCCUCCCUCCCCCACCUU